UUCAUAAAGCAUCGAAAGCUAUAUGUGAUUACUUGGGACCAGUUAGUCAAGAAUCUUCAGUUGAUGCCUAUCAAUGUGGUAAAGAAGAUAAAAAACAAUAUCCUGUUAAAGAAGAUGAAUGCGAAGAUAAUGAAAAUUUCAUUGAUACAUAUAUUGUAUUCUCUUUACCAAACGAUAUAAAAAGAAUAUUUGAUUUAUUGAAACAAUCAACAACUUUGGCUUACAGAGCUAAAUGUUGGCCUAAAAUGUAUGAAACUGCAAGGAUUUGUUGGAAUACAACAUCUCAAUUCAGUCUGUUACUAUGUACGCUAUCAGUAUGGUCUGUACAAGAAAAUAUACAUAGACAGAUGGAUAUGAAAUUAGAAUCAAAAGUAGUAAAAGUUAUAAAGGGGAAUACACGUAAAUUAAUAAAUAGAGAAAACGAAAAUGUUCAACUCAUACACAGAUACAUAAUACAUCUGUUCUGGAAGUUAUGAAUUAUUUGAAAGAAUAUACCAAUCGAAGAGCAUUAGCUAAAAUUGUAUGUUCUUGUUGGUUUAUGUUGGCAGACAAUAUUAUAGAUUUUAUUCAAACUAUGGUGAAUAAUAAUGAUAUCCAUUGUGAGGGUACAUCGAUGAAAACCAAUAGAAAUAUUGAAAGUUCCCAUGAACUGCAUGAAAAAAUUUGGCAACCUGAAAAGAUAGACAAUGAAUUUAAUAUAGACUGGAAUUGGUUGCACAAUUUUAUUUUGAAGACACUAGAAAUUCUAUGUCGAGCUUCUAAAUGGGAAUCUCUUGUACAAUUAGGUUUGAAAGCUGUAGGCGUUUUCGGAAAACGUUGGGGUCCAAGUAUUUUACCAUUUAUUAUAUUUGGACAAAUGCAAAUACUGGAACGAUUGAACAAACAGAAGACAACAGAAAUUUCAAAUCGUGAUAUUCAGAAUAUAGAGCUAUGGAGUUUAGACUUCACAAACUCGAACAUUCGUUCUCAAAUGCAGUUAUACUCAGCAUGGUAUCAUUUUAAUAUUCUACAGUCGGGUGAAAAAGAUACUUCGAAGUUAUCAAAUAUCGACUUGUCAAACCGCUACAAAGAAAUGGUAACCAAAACAUUCUUCACGUCACUUACACCAAAAAACUACGUGAAACUAAUGAGCCAGUGUAAAAUAUCACCACUUCCUAUGAACCACUGGAUACAGAACACUGAAGAGGAUAUAAAAGAAAAGACCAAUUUCGAUUGGAUUGACUUCGAAAAAGUGAAAGGUGAAGUUACUAAGCCCAAAAAUCUGAAAAUUUGUAAAAGAGGUUGGCUUAUUCCACAAAGUUACUUGUCAGGAAGUGUGCUGAAUUCAGAUCUCAAAAAGAUAAAACUAAUGCAAGAAGAAGAACUAGCAUUGUACAAUAUAUUAGUACCUUUGAACACAGACAUCAUGAAAAAUGAAUUGAAGGAAUCAGAGAGUUUGUACUAUCCUGGAAUAAUGAAAGUAUUGGAUAAAGCUAGAUUAUAUAAUGCUGUUUACAAAUACCAGAUUUCAGUUUUAACCGACGAAGAGUAUUCAAGGAAAUCCGAAUUGAAUUUUGAUAGUAACUUUGUUACGGAGCCGAUUAAUCUGUGCAGUGAUGAACAACUAUACGAUCAAAAUGUACUGUUUGUAGUCAAUUCAAAACAAAGCUCAGACAAAGCAAUCUAUCAAAAUCUAUUUGAAUAUGCAAUAAAACUAUACAAUGAAGUUUUGGAAUUAAUAAUACCCUACAACAAAAGCUUACAAGAAAUAUUAAUCAGAUUCGAGUUGUUGACUUUCUGCUUGGAGGUUGAUCAGAUAAAGAGAGCUAUACAUCAAGCUUUCAAGAUUUUGGAUAUUUUAUUUGACCAAAAAUGCACAGUGGAAAAUUUCGAUAUUCUGGGGACCUAUUAUGGCAAGGAUAAUAAUCCUAACGAUGACAAAGAAAUUAAUAUGCAAAGCCCUUGUGCUGGAAUAAUUCAGAAGUUUGGUGUUACUGGUGUUCUGAUUGGCGGACUAGUGAUGGGAUUAUUGAGCAAACGUCAUUUUGCUUCAGAAGACCAGUACUGCAGAAGUCGGAUUCUUAGCGCAAUUUUAUUAAAAUCGAUAUUACAUGCAAGUUUGCCUUGUGCAAUAUGCAAUUUUGACUACUGUUACAAGUAUAUAUCUACUGAUUCAUUAGAGAUCUUAAAGUUGGAGACCGUUUUUAGUGAACAUUGUUUGAGUUCAAGUCUUGCCAUCAAAGUGAUGAAUGAAACAAUAAAUCAUCUUAUAUCUUAUGAAAAGUAUAUUGAAGCAUUGCCAGUUAUUUACCUAUUGAGUUACAUCAGCAAAAAUCUAUCACAAGACCUAAAACUUGAGAUAAAAUCAAAAUUACUACGAAUUAAAUGUCUCAUUGGUGUUGGUGCACUAAAACAAGCAUUGAUUGAAACAUGUGCUAUACUACAGGAACAAACUGUUGCAAAUUAUGCACAGGAUUGUGAAAUCGCACUGAUAAACUUUGAUGAUGCUAAAACACAAGAAAAUUUGAAUACUUUGUUAAUGCACAAGUUGUCAAACGAAACGAUUCAUAAAUGGGGUUCACUUUUGUUUUGUGAAGUACAGCUGGUUCGUGCACAAGUUUGUUAUGAAAUAGCUCAGACUAUACCUUAUUUUCCGAAAAAAAUACCUAAUGAAAUCAAGAUCCUAGGUCCUAAUCCGGAUGGUAAUCAGGUGGCAAAAUCCAGUGGUCGUAAAACUAAGAAUCAAGACCCGAAGAAAUUUAUUCAUUUAAUUUAUGAAGCAGACAUUGAAGACUUAAAAAAUCAUUCAAAUUUUCAAUCAUAUCUCAAAAGUUUAUUGUUCAUCUGUGCGUGUGAUAUUUGUCAAAUAUUGAUCAACGGAAUUCAUGAUAACAGUUUGUUAUGCACUGAAUACUCCUUAAUAGUUGUAUGCUGUGAAGCCAGCAUUCUUUUUGCAAAAGUGUUGAGGUCACAACAUCAGGCACGUUCCGGUUCAAUGGUAAUUGCUAUUAUUUUGAGAUGGAUUCAAAAGUUAUUCAAACCUUUAGAAAACACUGCAGCAUGUAAAAACCUGUAUUAUACAACAAAUCUGUUUCGGAAGAUGCCAAGUGAAGAAGAAGUCAACAAACUUUGGUUCCGUUGCCGUGCUGAAUUGGCGCGAUGUCAAAUCUGUGAAGUAGAUGCAGAAAGAUUGCUGAAGGAGCUUCCUAAAACCGAAAACAUUCAAAUACCGGAUGAGAAUGAUAAUCUAAAGAGUGCACUUGAAGAAGUGGAACAAGAAAAGUAUUGGCGUCAAUGGAACGAAUUCAUCCUUUUAAAAAGUCAGCUAAUAUCUAUACGACGAAAAACAAUUAAUAAAGAAAUCACAAAUAUAAUGUUGGGUGAUUUCAGUUUAUCACACAAUAUGGACGAUAUUUGUAUUUAUGGAAUUCUUCGUCAAGGCGAUCUAAGCUUACACAGAAAUUUUCAUUUUGACAUAUCACUGAAAGACAAUACUCGUUUCACUGAAUUGAAAGAGAGACUGUAUAUUCUUUUUUGUCUUGAAGAUCUAUUGAUAAAGGAAUUAAACAACUGUGGGAAAUGCAUCUCCAAAGUCACCAUGUUUCAGUAUAGUACACAUGAUGUUAGGUUGCCUCUUCACAAAAAGUGGAAAAUUUUAGUUCAGGUUGGACUGAGAAUUGCACUUAUUCUGAUUUCAUUUGGUGAUGCCAAGUAUUUAGAUCCUAAAGUUCAGCAACUUAAUCUUACUGAAACUGGGAACCCUGACAAUUUAAGAUUGCUGAAAGUAUUGCAGUCCACUUCUGUAGAGAUCUAUGAAGCUGCUCAUGGUGUUCUAUGCUCAAUCGAAAACGUUUUACGCCAUCUUCCACCAAACAACCCUUGUAUGGAAAGUGAAAUUUUGUUUCUUAAAGGUCAUCUAGAAAUGAGACUGUAUUUGGAAAAUAAAGUUGACUGGAAAAUACCAUCACAAACUUGGACGCGUUCUAUUUGCAUUUCUGCCUAUAUAACUGGUGAUAACUUUUUUCAACACCGAACUCAGAUGAUGUUAGUUUACUUUUGGCAACUGGUGCUUAUACAAGAAAGAUAUCAGUAUCUAAGCAGUUUAAAUGGAAAACAAGAAGGAGAUACUCAGAAGACUAAAACUGGCUCAGUGAAAAAGGAUUCUCAAAUAGAUCUAUCAAACGGGAUAUUCAAAAGUAAAGGUUUAACAAACACAUCUGUGAAAUCUAUUAUUCUAUCAAUCUGGAAUUCUGCAACUAUGAUAGAUGCGUUUUUGUCUGAAAGUAGACAUCUUUGUUCAUCAUCAUCUGAUGCUAAAUCAACCUACUUAUCAAGAAGCAGUGGACAAAAUAACAAUAAGAAAUCGAUCGGUUCUAAGUCAUCUAAGACGGAACCUUCCAAACUUUUGGAUUCCAAAGCGAAUAAAGCAUUUGUGCAGAAUUUACCAGCAAUACAUCAGUUCGAUUUAGUGGCACAGAAGUGUUUGGACUCCAGAGCAAUUCUCGCACAAGAUGAAAUUGAUUAUGAAAUGAUGAACAUAGACAUAAAGUCAAAACCUAUUAAACGGCCGAUUGACUAUGUUCGAGAUCAAAAUGAGGUCAAUGCAUACUGGAAUUCCUUAUUUGUCUUCAGUUUGAAAGAUCAAGAGAAUAGAGAAGUAACACCAGAAGAGAAAGACUGGAAACAAACAGUUGACGUUAAGUUGGAUCAUGUAAAUAUGGAUACAAUCAAACUGUACCAAUCAAUUUUAUAUGAAAAUCUGUUAAACAUUAGGCAAUCUUCAAACGAGAAUAAAGAGACAUUUGAAAAUUUAUGUGAAGGCAAUUAUGAUCACAAAGCGUCAAAAACACAAUUUGAAAAUAUGGAACUCACCAGCCAAUUCUUCAAAAGAGAUCUGUUAAUUCCGAUAAUUCCAUUACCAUAUUACUCCCAACACGCGGAAUACUGGUGUCAACGUUUUACUUCCUUCCAACUUUACCUGCAUAACAUGAGUAGAAUCACUGAAAGUGAAGGUUUGACCACAGUGUUAAACAAUACAAAUACAAAAUUCAUCUGGUGUCAUCAGACAACAAAUGAUGCUGAUUACGAAAACUCCAUCUUGUUAAAUAUUGCACCAUAUAAGUUGCAAUUUGAACCUCAAACCCAAGUUCGGAUGGGAAAUGAAAAGAAACAAAGAACAAACAAACUAGCGCAACGUUUAUUGGUACAAAUGAUAGACAGUCUGGAACAGGAAAACUCUAUCAAUAAAAACCUAUGGUUGCUUAUCUAUUACUGUCAAAACAAGACAAAAUCUGAAGCGCAACAGUAUCAAUUUCGCUUGGUUUCAUUCCAAGAUAAAGCAGUAUUUUUCAAAGCUAUUGAACAAUUCAACAAAAUUAUGAUAAAGUAUGCUGCAGCUAAUGUUCUGUCUGACACAGAAAAAGUAGAUGCAAGUAGUAAAAGUACUUCACUUAAAAUAUCUUCAGUUAAACAAACAGAAAAGUCGCCAGAUGCAGACAGUUCAAAUCGAUCUAAUCAAGGGUUUCAGAGUGAAUUUGGUCAAUGGUUAAAUGAAUUUGAUGCAAUUUUGCAAUCUGGAAAGAUUUUGCAUACCAGUGACGUGUUUGAAAAAGAUUCCCAGAAAUUUAUUUACGUUGACCCUAAUCCCUCCGUACAAAGAAUUAAACCUUCUGAAGAGGUGUUCAACGGUUUGAAGGAGAUUAUUUCAUGGAGAUAUUUCGGUGGUUUUAUAUCAAAAUCAGUGUUAAUCGAGUACCUGCUGAAGUUAUAUCGUUUUAUUGAAUGAAUAACACUUUAAAAGUUAUCUGUGUUCUCAUCUUUCUUAAUACAAUAUGACAGGCU